CAGAAUAUCACAAUAGCAGACGGAAAACAACAAUGUGACCGUGAGCCGAGAAGCAAACGCUGUUUUAAGGCUCGCCUCGUCUAUCUUCUUACUCUGCCCCUUCUACCCCAACUGAAGUGGCAACCAUGUCUACCAUCCCUUUCCGCGAAGUCGUGGGGUGUAUCAUGUAUGCUGCUCUCACUGUGCGGAUUGACAUUGCUUUUAUAGCUGGCCAGCUAGCUCAACAUGCCAGAACCCUGGUUUGGAUCAUUGGAAAGCCGCCCAGCGUGUGCUGAAGUAUCUAGCUUCAACGCGCAAUCAUGGUCUAUGCUUCGGCGGAAAUGAAAUCAAACAACAUCUUAAUCGGAUACUCGGAUGCUGACUACGCGGGUGAUCCGGAUACUCGCCGUUCCACUUCCGGCUACGUCUUCAUCCUCAACGGAGGCGCAGUCACUUGGUCAAGCCGUAGACAACCUAUUGUUGCAUUAUCAACUAUGCAAUCGGAAUAUAUCGCCGCUAGCGACUCGACACGUGAAGCUGUAUGGAUACGUCGUCUAAUUGACAAUCUUGGAUCAACUCAGAUGAAUCCCACCGCUUUACGCUGUGACAACGAAAGUGCCAUAGGGUUGGCCUACAACCCACUGGCACACAAAGGAUCGAAACAUAUCGAAGUAAGGUACCAUUUUAUUCGUGAACAGGUAACCAAUAAAACGAUUGAACUUGGCUAUGUUAACACAUGCAAACAAAUUGCUGAUGUCCUGACUAAAGCUGUUGAUGGAAAGAUUUUUGCUUCUUGUCUGAAUGGUUUUGGUCUUGGAAAGGUUCCAGAUAUUAUUGAGUAGUCUCCGUAUUUGUUUGGAUAAUCACUGUUGUGUUUUUAAACUAUCAUUUGUCCGUUUACUAUCUUUGAAAUAGUACCAACUACUCAUGUCCCCGUGUGGUGGUCCCCAUGUGUUGUAUUUUGUAUGUUGGUUUUUAAUGAGAGGGUGUGUUGUGAUUCAUUUAAACACCAACAAGAUACGCACAAUCGAAUGGUUGCGGAAACCAAGGGGGUUGCAGAACCAACUGUUUGUGAUACAGCAAGACGAAUGAAGAACGUCAUCAACGCGAGAAGUUCGUCUGUAUUAAUCUAGCUCGACAAAAGUCUAUCUGUUCUUUUUCUUCUUGGUUCGUCGUUGCUUCGAGUAACAAUACAUGAUCUAUCAGUCCAGAUCUAACAGAACUAAUUGUGUGCAUCUUAUCUUAUAUUCAGCUUUAUGUUUCUGCCAUGUGAGGCCAUCUUGUGAAGGACUCAGAAACCAAGCCAUUAGCGCACUUGACAUUCUACCGGUAGAUGGCGUAUCCAGAAUGUCACAAUAGCAGACGGAAAACAACAAUGUGACCGUGAGCCGAGAAGCAAACGCGGUUUUCAUAGUCUUCUUUUAGACCCGAACGUAGAUAGACGUGUCGAAAAGUGCGCUAGAUCUGCCCCGGGCAAGUGCCAUAUCACCCCCUUUGUGUCAACUUCCCCACCCCAAAUCAAUCACGCUUGCGUGGCGUGGUGACUCACGCCACGCAAUGAGUCGCCCAAACCUCGCCAAUAAAUCCUUAAUAUCUAGUGCCAUCCAAACAAGUGCAGCAAUGGAGAUCGAAGAAACCUCAUUUAAACGCAAAACCAGUACUGAAACACACAGCCCGCGUCCAGGCCCUCUGCGUUUCUCAGACCUAUUCGAUCAACCAUGUAGCGGUGCACCGGUGAUCAUCCAAUUUGUCAGCGAACCGAAUUCCUUCACCCAACUUGGCAUUUCCGAAAAAAUUCUUUUCAUGAGCGCGCUCACGGGCGCAGUUGGACAGGUGAAAGCGGGCACCAAAUGGUCCCAUAAAUGGGACCUGCAUAUUUACCCAUCCUCAGCAGGACAAAAAAGAAAACUUCUGGAAUUAAAAAUAGUUAGAGAGUGGCAUAUCCAGUGCACACUUACCAUGUCAGAAGCCUCAGUAAGAGGCAUAAUCAGGAACGUGCCGCUAAAAGAUUCAGAAGAAGACCUACUUAGCCUCCUAGUCGACCAAGGAGUCACGAAGGUCCAGAGAUUCUCUUACAUAGCGUCAGAUGGCAGUAGACAACCCAUGAAAACUGUCACGCUCUCUUUCAGCACACCAUACUUACCGCAUGAAGUCAUUAUGGCACAUGAAAUAUUCCCUGUUAGACAAUUUAUACCGAGACCGGCACUGUGCCGCAAAUGCUGGAUCUUUGGCCACCCGGAGGAAACAUGCAAAGCUACACCUUCAUGCAGACAAUGCUCACAACACCACCCCCUAACUAAUGGCUGUCAAAACCCGCUAAAAUGCCCCACCUGCUCAAAACCCGGACAUGCAGCUGGAACCUCGGAUUGCCCAAGAUACAGCCACAGACAACAAGUUAUUAAAUUUGCAUACGAGAACAAAAUCCCAAUCGCAGAAGCCGGCAAAAUAUUAAGCAACCAGAACUUCCCUAAUCCACCACAACUACCAAAAAUCUACCCGCCCACCAACAAUAAUGACGAUAUUGACGACCUUCGUCAACAAAUCUCCCAACUCAAAACCCAAAUAGAAAUUAUUACGCUACACCAGCCAACAACUACGGCAAGAAUUGAUGCGCUAGAAGCGACAGUGGAUGACAUUCAAGAAAAGAUUGCCCCACUCACUAAUCUGCCGCAGGCGCUUGAUAAAAUCAAGGUGGACAUGACGUCAGGAUUCGACUCAACAAUGCUCAACUAG